AUGGGAUUACUUAGGGAUUCACGGUUCUAUGGUGAUCUUGUCAUGACCCCUUGCAGGAAUCUAGAUGAAGUGAGAACAAGGGCCCUUAGAUUCAUCCGAUUAGAGGAUGAUAAAAGGAUCCAAGAAAGACAGGCAGGAUCCUCGAAGCAGGAAAAGCAAGGAAUCUACUUCAUGAACAACGAGUCCAAGUCAUACAACAAGUCAGAUAACCAGAACAAUCUAGCUGAAAAAGUGAGAUGGCCCAGAAAGAGUGAUAAGCCAACUGCAACAAAAGACAAAUCCAAAUGGUGUGCAUAUCACGAAGAUUUCGGUCAUCUCACUGAAGAAUGUAUUGCACUCAGAAAAGAGAUUGGUUACUUAUUAAGCAAAGGGCAUUUGAAGGAGCUGUUGGGAAGAAAAAGGUCAAGGAUCCAGGAUCCUGAAAAGGUUCCAGAAAGAGCUCCUGCUCCUCCUGCUGAUGCACAAAUUAUCAACUUCAUAUCUGGUGGAUCAGACAUAUGUGGCACUUCCUUUUCAUUAGCCAAGAGGCAUGCCAAGGAGACCAAGAUGGAUAAUGGGGAUAGACCCAUCCGAACCUCUAAUGUUACAAAGGAGAAAGGCCUCCAGCAUUUGCUCCACUUGUACAACGAUGCAUGUGGUACUGUCGCCCUUCAUGAAGCCAGGAUUAAGCAGCUCGAAACCACUGUUGCCGACCAAGGUGCCAUCGCCGAGGCAAAGAGCCGGCACUAUGAGGAUAAGCUGAAAAAGGUCACCCAGGAUGCGGAGCUCAAAUUGGCCGCCAUGCAAAUGGAUCACGAUCAGGCCAUGAUCAAUUUCCGGGAAGGAAUCAAGACUUCCGCUAUUGUCUCCCUGCUACAAGCACGCAUCAAGAUGGCCUAUGAGGCCAAGGAGACAGGUCUUGUUUGUCCAUCCUGGCCAAUUGAAUCCUGGGUAGCCAAGCUGAAAGAGCUCGGAGGCAAGGCUGUGCCACUCCCAUCUGAAGCCGGUGAAUCUUCCAAAUAUAUCCCUGUAGAUAUCCUGAAAGGUAUGCUGAUAAAGAUAUCAAAAUACAACCUAUUAAUUGUCUAA